UUUGCUUUCCCUCUUGCGCCGUGACGUCACUGGCCACUAUAUAAGCCAGCCGGGCACCGCCACCAGCACCAGUCUCUUCCGAGCCUUUCCAGUAACAAUGGUCGCUAAGGUCCUCCUCCUCGCUGCCCUCGCGGUCAUGGCUGCCGCUGACCAGGCGCCCACCUACACCCCUCCCCGCCCAACCUACAGCGCCCCGACACCGUCCUACGGCCCCGCCGAGCCCACCGGACCCGCUCAGUACAAUUUCAACUGGGCCGUCAAGGAUGACUAUUCCGGCAACGACUUCGGCCAGGAUGAGUCCCGCGACGGCUACAACACCCAGGGCUCCUACUACGUGCUGCUGCCCGACGGCCGCCUGCAGCGCGUCAACUACCGCGUGGAGGGCGACUCAGGCUUCCUGGCUGAGGUGAGCUACGAGGGCGAGGCCCAGUACCCCGAGCAGCAGAGCUACAGGCCCCAGCCCACCUACCAGCAGCCCCAGCCCACCUACCAGCAGCCCCAGCCUACCUACCAGUAGCCCCAGCCCACCUACGCUUAAUAUUUAUGUCGAAUGACCGAGUCUGUUACAACGCUAAGCCUCUGAGACGUGCAUGUGUGCGAAUGAGAGAUGCAAUAAAGUAUUUUUGUACCUUC